UUGUUCACGAGAACGCUAAUACCAAUAUCUAGCCCGUCUUCCAAAAAGCCGGUUAGCAAUAUUGUUCCCCAGCUUCGCCGAUCCUCCACCGGCUACUGUGUCAUACUGCUGUCCGAUUUAUUGCCCGAGCAAAGCCCGAAACUCACCCCCUAAGGAUAGUCCCACAGCUCCCCACAAUGAAAACAAACGCUGCGCCGAGUAAGGAAAUUUUGAUAGCCGUCAUGGGGGCUACAGGUAGGAUCAAAACCUUGUUGAAAAUUCACCGUGCAUCUACUAAGAAAGUGGCAGGCGCCGGUAAAAGUUACUUUAUCAGGGAAGUGUCUGGUUGCGCAGAGGUCAAAGUGAGCGACGGGCUUCGCUCUUGUAAGAUAUUGCCCGGCCUAGGAAUUGAACUAGUCUACUGACACCGGCAAGGUACUAGCAAGGUCGAAUCUUACUCUUUUGAACGUGCAGGGGCGACGAUUACUCUAGUUGACACACCCGGCUUCAAUGAUACUACAAGAACCGAUACCGACAUUCUGACCGAGAUCAGUGGUUGGACCUCAAAAACCUUCAAGGAGAACCGACUUCUCUCCGGCAUUAUCUACCUACAUAGCAUCACUAACGUCCGCAUGGACGGUUCCGCCGUGAAGAACCUUAUGAUGUUCCAGAAAUUGUGCGGUCGUGGUGCUCUCAAGAACGUAUUCCUCACAACUACGCAAUGGUCCAGGGUCACCGAUCAGGCGAAAGGGGAGGUUCGGGAAAGGGCUCUCUGCGAAGAACGCAAUUUCUGGGGACUCCUUAUAGAAAGAGGCGCUACUCUUCAGAGAUUCCAUGGCACUGGAGAAUCCGGGAUGGGUCUCAUCGACCAACUGAUGCCGAACAAACCAGCUGCACUGGAUAUCCAGGAACAGCUAGUCACAGAAAAGAGGACCUUAGUUGGCACUGAUGCAGGGCGAUGCAUUAAUGAGGAAUUGAUUGCACAAGAGGAGAAAUAUAAGGAGGAGAUUAAAGGUCUAGAGAGUGAGCGCGAGGAGGCCAUUAAGGAGAAGGAUGCAGAAAUGAAGGAGCUGAUUGCGGAGGAGCUAGCGAAGACUCGGGAGAGGCUUGAAAAGGCCACAGCUGAGAUGAAGCAUUUGGUAGAGAUGCAUACAGAGGAGAUGAGAAAGAGGGACGCCGAAAGGCAGAGAGAUGAGAAGAGGAGAAAGGAGGAGCAAAGGGAAGCCCAGGCCAAGCUCGAAAAGGCUGAGGCUGAAAAGAAACUGCAGGCAGAGUCGCACGCAGCCGAGAUGAGGGAUAGAGAGAGGAGAGAAGAAAAGAGAAGGAAUGAUGACCAGGAGAGAGAGGAGAGGAGGAGGCAGGAGGACCAGGCGAGAGAGGAUAAGAGGAGGAGGGAGGACCAAGAGAGAAGGGAGAAAGAGGAGAGAGAGAGGAGGGAGGACCAAGAGAGAAGGGAGAAAGAGGAGAGAGAGAGGAGGGAGGAUAGGGAGAGAGCUGACUCUCUGGCAAGUCGCCGUAUAGGUCUUCAAUUUGGCCCUAUUGGGUUCCACCUCCAAUUCUAG